AUGCCCGGCAUCGCCCGUAUCGCUCUUGCGGCCUCUGCACUCGCAGCCGCCGUCCAUGGCGCCGUGCCCGCCGCCCAGCACCCGCUCGGCAAGCCCAAGCCGCUCCUCGUCGACUCGCAGAAGUUGCAGGACCUCGUCAGCAUCGACAACCUCUCCAAGCGCGCCGACGAGCUAUACCAAAUUGCCAAACUCUCCGAGCCCGACUUCAAUCGCCCCACCCGCGUCAUUGGCAGCAAGGGUCACGAAGGCACGCUCAAGUACAUCAUCGACACCCUACACUCGCUCGGCAAAUACUACAACGUCUCGACGCAGACCUUCCCCAUCGUGACCAGCACCGUCUUCGAGUCGCAGCUUGUUGUCGGCGACUCUGUCUACACUGACGCCAAGCCCUUCAGCCGCACACCGGCGACCAAAGAUAGGGAGCCCGUCCACGGACCGCUGGUCCUCGUAGCCCAUAAUGGCUGCGAGGCGGGCGACUACCCUACCGCGGCCGCGGACGGUAUCGUGCUGGUGCAGCGCGGCGAGUGCGCCUUCGGACACAAGUCGGAGCUCGCUGGGCGUGCCGGCGCCAAGGCGGCCAUCAUCUACAACACCGAUGACGAGGACGUGAGCGGCACGCUCGGCGACCCCGAGCCGCAUCAGGUCGCCACGCUGGGCCUCACCCACACCCGCGGCGCGGCCCUCGCCGACCGGCUGCGCGACGGGGAGCGUAUCGACGCCAUCGCCUACGUCGACGCUGCCGUGGAGACCAUCCACACUCGCAACGUCGUGGCGCAGACAGUCGGCGGUGACCCGGAUAACUGCGUCGUGCUUGGCGGCCACAGCGACAGCGUCGACGCCGGCCCGGGCAUCAACGAUGACGGCUCCGGCUCGCUGGCGCUGCUCGAGGUCGCCGUGCAGCUGUCUGGCUUCGCGGUGCGCAACUGUGUGCGCUUCGCGUGGUGGUCCGCUGAGGAGGAGGGGCUCGUGGGCUCGACCUUUUACGCCACGUCGCUGUCGCCCGCCGAGAACCAAAAGGUGCGCGUCUUCGUGGACCUCGACAUGCUCGCCAGCCCCAACUACGCCUACCAGGUCUACAACGCCACCAACGCCGCCAACCCCGAGGGCUCUGAGCAGCUGCGCGACCUCGCCGUCGACUGGUACACCAGCCAGGGCCUCAACCACACCUUUAGUGAGUUUGACGGGCGCAGCGACUACGUGGGCUUCAUCGACAACGGGAUCCCCGCUGGCGGCUGGAGCACGGGCGCCGAGGGCAUCAAGACGGAGGCCGAGGUCGCGCUGUUUGGCGGCGUCGCAGGUGAGUGGUACGACAAGAACUACCACCAGAUUGGCGACGACGUGAGCAACCUGAACCUGGAGGCUUGGCAGGUCAACACCAAGCUAAUUGCGCACACUGUUGCCACAUAUGCCCGCUCCUUCGAGGGCUUCCCCAAGCGCAAGCAGGUUGCGUCGACGGCCGCCGAAAACGGCGCCGCCUCCAGAUUCAAGUACCGUGGACCGUUUGUUCUUGUCUAA